CUUAUCAUGCGUUUCAAGUUUCUGAAAAGGACACGCGUCGGUUUGCCAAUGCUGGGCGCUACAUGCUGAUCACUUCGGAUUGUCACUCCAUGCCUGGAUACCGAAGUUGGAGAGAAAGCAGGUGAAGCGUGUCGGGCACCCCUGCAAUGGGGUCGCCUCAGGGAGCAAUUCUUAUGGCAAAAAUAACACCAUUGCAACGAGUCUGCGGGCAGCGUUCAUUACAUGUGCCAGUUGAUCACCUUGAAUACAACAGAGCCUACACACGAUCAUUAACCCGGCAUGUCAAUGGAUCCACUCGUCAGAACCAAUAUAAUCUUUCGAUCAUGCCCAGGCAUACUUUGAAGCAUUAUAUUGCAGCGAGGUUCAUUGUCAUGUUGAGCAGGAUGAUUUAUGGGCGGUUGUUGUUUCCAUACAAUACCACCAGACCCUUGGCUUGUUGUCAUAUUCCGGUACUAGAUCAGUCUUAUCAUGUAAUGAUGCUGCUAAGCAUGCAGUCCUUGUCUCAGCAAUGCUCGUCAGUCAUUAGCUGUCCCGUACAUGCUUCCAACCUCGAGGAACCUGGAAUCCUUGUACCUGCUUUCCACCUUUCGACUUCUGGUACUUCCUAUCCUCCUGGAGGCUGGUUGACCCCAAAUCACGGCAUCAGCCAUGGAUUUGUGCUUCUAUUGAAGGUCCCGAUCGACCGUGUCAACCAUCUCUUUGCGAUGCAGAUUGCAAAUAGAUGAUGGGCGCUGAUACAGGCCACGAUCUCCAGUCGGGGUCCCUCCUUUCGAGGAGAAGAGAACGGUUUUUGGGGAUGUUGUUUGUCCGUUCUGCAACUGCCCUCCAUUGUUGAUUUGACAUGGAGAGGAAACAAAAACCUGUCCCUGAGGGUACUGUAUCACACACAAGAGGUUACAUCGUGUGGCCCUGGAAACUCAAGUGACGACAAAGAAGCAUGUCUAAAGAUAUUGGGAGAUGGUUCGUUUGAUCCAAGGUCUCGACUCGGGAUGUUUUGG